AAAAUAAGUAUUAUGAGGGGGUGAUGUGCUGUAUAGUUUGCGGCCAAAGCCCAUUACUCAUUUUCGUUGUUUACUCUUUUGCCAAUUCGUAUGUGUACUAUAUAUGAGUGUGUGUACAUAUAAUGUAUUUUUCAUCUGAAAUGAGGAAAUCUUGCGAAAAUGUGGAAAGUUGAUGAGCGCCAAAUGAAUAAAGAAGUAAGAAGAAGUGAAAAAAAACAUUGAAUAGCGCAGAAAUAAAAGAAUAAAUAACUGUUGCUAUUUUGUUUUGAUCGUGGUUUGCGAGGGAAAUUGUGAUGCAAGAAAAAAGAAAACAAAUGAAAUUAACAAUUUGAAAAUUUUGGGGUCUAACAAAACUUUUUUUCAUACGAAAGAAAACACAAUACAUAUGGGCGAACAUUAUAACUACAAAGACUAAGGUUCUAAGCCUAUUGUAUACAACGAUUGCAAUUCUGACGUGAGAAAAGUAUCGGUUGCUUGGAAACGGGGUUAAACUGAAACCUAAAUCUUUACGAUCUAUGUAAAUAAUUUAAAAAAAAAUGGACUUAUUAAAAAAAGACUGGAAAUGUAACAUUUACGCACCGAAAGGUCUUAAAAGCCGUUAAUUCAUAAAUAAAGAAUUUAAAGCCCUACUCUCCCUCGAAGGCCAUUGUAAAUGUCAAAAUAGAGUUUACAGUGAGCGCGAGGCAAAAGGCUUCAUCAAAAAACAUGGAUUUUUCGAAUGCUAUCAAUCGCAAUGAGCCGCAUCAGCGCACUAUCAUUCACCUAGAUAUGGAUUGUUUCUAUGCUCAAGUUGAAGAGAUCCGAGAUCCCACACUGCGUACUUGUCCACUUGGUAUACAGCAAAAAAAUUGUUUGGUCACUUGUAAUUAUGUGGCUCGUCAGUUUGGUAUCAAAAAAUUGAUGGCUGUUGACGUGGCAAAGCGUCUCUGUCCAAAACUCACUUUGGUCAAUGGUGAAGAUCUGACUCCCUAUCGCCAAAUGUCUCAGCGUAUAUUUGAUGCACUCUUGGCUUUUACACCAUUGGUGGAGAAAUUGGGCUUCGAUGAAAACUAUUUAGAUAUAUCGGAGCAAGUGAGUAGUCGUAUUGAAAAGAAUCAAUAUCAACGUAUGGAAGGAUCGCCGUCUUCAUCUACUACAUUCCCGGCCGUCGAAGGUCAUAUCUAUCCCGAAAACGCUGAUUUUUCGUCAAGCUGUGACUGUGGUUGUGCCCGGCGUUUAGCUGUUGGCACGCAAAUUGCUAAAGAAAUUCGGUUGGCUUUGCAAGAACAACUACAUAUAACAUGUUGUGCUGGAAUAUCAUACAAUAAAUUAUUAGCAAAAUUAGUUGGUUCUCAACAUAAACCCAAUCAACAGACUGUCUUGUGUACUAACUAUGCGGAACAAUUUAUGCGACAUUUGAACGGUUUGGAUAGAGUUACUGGCAUCGGUCAAAAAACUGAAUCUUUGCUACUGGAAAGUGGUAUUGCUAAUGUUACCGAAUUGCAAAAUUGUAAUAUGAAUUCGCUGCGCAAGAAAUUCGGCUUUGAAACGGCCACAAAAUUGAAAGAUUUGGCCUUUGGAAGGGAUGUGAGCUCGGUGCGUCCGUCAGGAAAACCUAAAACUAUCGGACUUGAAGAUUCUUGCCGUCCAAUAUCGGUGCGCACCGAUGUUGAAGAUCGUUUCCGUUUAUUGCUAAUGCGUUUAGUGGAACAGGUUGCGGAGGACGGUCGCAUACCCGUCGCAAUCAAAGUGAUUUUACGCAAGUUUGAUCCUCAGAAGAAAACAAGUCAUCGGGAAACUAAGCAAGUAAAUAUAUUACCUUCGCUUUUCAAAUCACUGCCAUGCACGGAGUCUAGUGGCCCUAAGGUCAUACUUGCUGAAGGCGCUCAAGAAAAAUUGUUGAAAAUCAUAUUGCGCCUGUUUGAACGCGUCGUUGACCUUACCAAACCGUUUAAUAUUACUCUUAUUGGUCUGGCUUUUUCAAAAUUCCAACAACGCAAGCUCGGUUCAUCGUCCAUUGCAAACUUUUUAAUAAAAAAAACUGAUCUAGAAGUACAGUCUAUUACAUCGUUGACAAACACAGAUAUGCCUACAUCGUCUGAAAGUCCAACAGCUUCAAUUUCGUCGACGAAUAGUGACGAUGCCUUUCGUUCAUCGCCUACUACAUUUCAGCCGAGCGAUCAGUUUUACCGUCGGCGUGCAACUGCCGCUUCGCCCAUACCAAUGUUGAUUGACAACGGUUCUGAUACUGCGGCCACCAAUUCGGACUUUUCCGAUUUUUCCGAGACCGAAAUCGAACCUUCUCCCAAAAAGAGUCGCAUUGGACGCCUAUUAAUGGCAAAACGCCGUUGUCUUGGCAGUUCAGCCGUUUGCAGCUCAAACGAUGCCGCCGAUGUUGCAUCACCAAGUAAGCUGCGUGUUUGCGAUCUGCGCUUGAAUUCACGUGACAGCGAGAAAGAUUUCAUCACCAAUCCGACCAGCGUUUCAACAAGUGCUAACAAUUCUACAGUCACCACUUCAACAUCCCCAGCUCCAAUAACGUCAUUCACACCCCUGCAACGUUUUCGUACAAUACAACCUCCCUCCACGUUACUAAUGAAAAUUAACCGCGGAACAAUAGGAAAUCGUUCUUGUACAACGCAACGUCAAAUCUCAUCGACACCUUCGCCAACCACUUCAUCACCAUUACCGUCGCCUAUGGAUGAGACGGGCAGCGCCGCUAGCACACCGAUAUCUGGCGACAUUUCAGAACCACAUUCAGUCGAUAUUGUGCCGUCCAGUGAUCUGCUAAUGGAGACUUUUCCCGAAGUAUCAACGACACCCGAAGUGGUAUCCACCACAACCACCACUACUAUCAUUGGAAAUCUAUCGAAUAUUCCGUGUCCGGCCGGUGUGGAUACGGCAGUUUUCAAUGAGUUGCCAUUGGAUGUUCAAAAUGAAUUAAUUGCAUCUUGGCGCAGUUCACUAGCGGCUGCCGCAGUUGCUGUCGCCAAUGGCAAUAUUAAACCAACCAACAGUGCUGUUUCACCUGGUGCAACACAUUCCAGUCAGUCGGCUAGCGCGGUUGCAGCUAAAGCUGGUGGCGUGCCCCCAACUGCCAAUGGUGCACAAAAAAAUACUUUAUACCGGUAUUUCCUGCGAAACAAGUGAUACCUCUUUUAAGGCUGUUAUUCGACAGUGGAAAGCAUUUAAUUAACUUUGAGAUUGGCAAAAUACGUACAUACAUGUGUGCGUAUGCGGAAGGACAAGAACUUGAGUAACCUUCAUUUGCCCAUGGUUUUCAAGUUGUGCUAUAACUUUUUAAAAUUCUUUACGUCAUCCGUUGAUUAGCUGACCAAACAUUUGUUACAUUGAAAACUUUGAAAACGAAAAUUGUGUUUUUAUUAAUAAAAAAAUAAA